AUGAAACCUCUCAACGUGAACACGGACUUCCGAGACUUCCAGUCCCGCGGAUACGCCUCUUCUCAGUAUGGAGGCUCUUCAGCCUCGUCCAUCCACUCUUCUCUCACGUCGCCCUUGUCGGCUUCUUCGCGCUCAAACUUCGACAACGCCUUCCCUAAGUUUGUGCCCGGCGUCCAGUACAAGAGCGUCUACGAGCGGGCUGGAUUCGAGGUGAACCGGGAGGGCCAGCAACGGGCUGGAUACGCCUCUUCCAUCAAGAGCGGCCGAUCCCAGCGAUCCCAGCGCUCGUACAAAAACGGACCCUAUUCGCAUAUGAACUCGUCCGAGGUGUCUAUUCUGGGUCUGUCAGAGAUGGAGAAACGGAACCAGCAGCAGCAGCAGCAGCAGCACCCCCACCACCACCACCACCAACAACAGCAUCAGCAUCUCGUCGGAUUGGGAAUCGACACAACUAAGCCCGAGUCGCCAAUCUCGCCAGCAGCGCCCGUGGCACCUCCCAUGUCGCUGAGACGAAAACAGAGCAUGGCGUCCGGCAAGCCCAAGGUUGAUCAUUCGGAGCCCGUCCCCGAUAUCGACAUCCACGACAGCGCAAGUUACACGGCGCCCAGAUCAAACAGCAACGCCUCGGACUAUCUCAAAAACAACGGCUUCAAGCUGGACAAUUCGACAAUCAGCCACACCAGAGGCCUCAGUAUCGAAACCAAGGGCCUCAACGUAGAGCCCAAAACGAGCUUCGGCAAUAUGCCAGGUGCCAAGUCGUUCUCCGACAAGACAUUUGGCGUGUCGAAUCUCGCGACGCCGCCCAGCUCAGCGGGCGAGCCGUCAUCGGACCACCCCCAUCAUCUCCAGAUCCCCGGUUACCUGCCUCCCAACAGCCCGUUGCCCGACCGACCGCUGUCUUCGUGCUCGUCCAUCUACUCAGACUCGGACGACCCUGUGACCCGGAACUCGGUCAUGCCCAACCCUCCCAGCAGACAGCUGGAGUCGCAGCCCCAGUACAGCCAUUCACCGCUCGCACGGGUGGAGUCGAGUGACAAUGACAUGUCACGUGCCAACGACGUGCAUAUGUCACACGCCAGCUCGGACCAGGGCUACACCUAUUCACAGACACAUGCCAGCUCGUCUUCUCGGUCUUCCAAGGACUCCAUAGACUCGUCGCUGUCUAACAUGAGCAUCAACACUAGCGCUACCACGCCCAUGGACUCGUGUCAUUCGUCCUCCAUGUCGCUGAUGCCUGUGCAGGAGUACCAGCCUGACUCGACCGACACGUCGUUCACAUUCGAGAGCAAAACGUCUUCCUCUGAGAAUGGCGGCAAGAAAAAGAAGCGAAAGACGCCCUGCCGAGGCUGCAACCAAAUGAUUGUGGGCAAAGCCGUUUCUGCCAAGGAUUCGCUUUCUGGGCGAUGGCACAGAGAAUGCUUCAAGUGCCACGGAUGCGACGACGACUUCCCCAGCACUGAGGGACUCGAGUUCUACAUUCAUGACGACUGGCCAUACUGCCAACAGUGCUACCACCACACCAACAACUCCAUUUGUUCGGGAUGUGGUCAGGGCAUUGAGGGUGAGUGUCUGGAGACAACUAGUGGUGACGCUGGAUUGUUGCUGAGAUAUCACACCUCGUGUCUUGUGUGUGCCACUUGUGGCGACUCGCUUUGUCACGACGAGUACUACACGGUUGACGGAGUGCCGUUGUGUGACAAGCAUGUUGGGGCCAGUCAGGUUGUAGAGAAGCGACAGACUCGGAUGAUGUUUAUGUAA